AUGCUGCUGCCGUGUGCGAGGCGUGCCGUUCUGAACCCUAUGAUGCACUGUUACGGUGCAUCAUCCAUAUCCGUCCGAAAUUGCUAUGAUCCGAGGAACAAGAUCUCUGGUGCGUAUAAUCCCAACAUAAAGAGAGUUGGUCCGUCACUUGUAAUUGAUGGGACGUCAUCAUUCAUGACGAGACCGGUAUUCGAGCAGCUAACAAGGCUGCAAAGGACUCAUGACGCUGGUCCAGAAUUUGGCGUUCAGCCGAGCAAAUGGCAAAGGCUUUUUUUGAUCAUCACUAAAAUGUAUCGAAGUCAGGACGACAUUCCUCUUUAUGUGGCGUGCGGCACCAUGAACCGUAUGCACGACCGAAUGCGUAUCGUCGCAACUUCUCUGGGAGUCGCUGGAUUCUUCAUUCUCUUCUACUACUGCCAUUACGCGAACGUUAACAGAGUUAUGCGCGAUCGCAACGCCGGAUAUCAGUUGUCAGGAAACCAAUUCUAA